AUGUAUAUUUCAGGAGUGUCUGGUUUGAUCAAUGCCAUUGAACUGUCUACGGCUGGUCAUCGUGUGACUGUUUAUGAAGCGAGUGAUCAACUUGGAGGUCGAAUUCUCACACACCGUGUGUCAGAUAAAGGUUACAUCACAGAAUUAGGUGCCAUGCGCCUACCACUGAAUCAACACAAACUUACCAAUGUGUACGUUAAUGAACGAUUGAAACUCAAAGUUACACCUUUUCGUGGAUACGAGUCUAAUGCCUUGGUUUAUAUCAACGGAAGACGACAUAAAUUCACUGAAAGGAUUGUACCAGAACUAUUCGGAUUCAAUGUGUACGACAAUGAGAUAAACAAAGUACGUAUUUUUCAUUCAUUUUUGUUUACUCGCAAUGCUUAUGCAGGAAAAUGUCGAAAAACUGAGCGCUUCAAUCAGAGUUCAGAGCUUUUUGUGUCAAGAACAUGA